UGAAUUAGUCAUGUAAAAUCCUUGUAAAAUAACCAGAACUGUGUACUUCCUAAACAGUGGCGUAUUUCCCUGCUCAACGAUGCCUUGCUACGUCAGCAGCUGACACUUACUGCGUCAUGACUAAUCGCUUCGUCGCAGAUGCAAGAUGCCAAGGAAGUAUACGUAAAGAUUUUGAUGUGGACUUCAUUGAAUACAACGUUUUAUAGUAUGCACGGUUUUUCUGCAAUGGAGAAAUAUCCACAGUAGCAGUCAUUUACUGUUUCUAUUACGAUUCUGCUAUCGGGCAAACACUUUCAAGUUGGUUCUUCAGCUGUGAUUCUACUGGCGACCCCUGUUUUCUUUUUAAAGUUAAUCCUAACAUGAGUGUGUGAAAAUAUUACAUGGAAAAUAUUUUACAAAAAAAGCUGUAGGUUACACGCACCUGUUACGAUUAACUUUAAAAAAAGGUUUGACACUGGACAAAGGAAUUCAAAGAACGGUUUUAACAGUGUUGCCUUGAUAACGGAAAAGUACCCCCUAAAGUUAAUGCACAAUGAUAAUAAUGUUCUAGUUUUAUCUCAGGUACUUCUAAUAUUCCAGAAGUUUUAAUAAACGCUAUUUACAAAGUACAGACAGUAAGCGUCAAUAGCAAAAGCUGCCUCUAUGCUGCUGCUUGUCCGUCUUUUCCAGGUAAGGUGUGUCCACCACCACUCUGUCUCCAUAGUCAGAACGAGACGCGAGGCUCUUAAAAACAUUUCUUCCAUUUUUUUUGGCGGCGGGUUACAGAGUGUAAUCUUACAAAGUCUUUUUCCAAAACAAUACCAAAAGAACUGUGACAAUACUUAAAAUGCACACCACGAAGUCGAGGCAUUUCCUCUUGGAUGGCAGCGAACCUCGUGAAAGUGGUCCCAAGGCACUGGGCACGAUCUUGCUCCACCUCCAUCCCGUUUGAGGGCUGGCCUGGCCUCAGUAGAGUGAAGUUUUAGUCGCCGGUGUGGUUUGUUAGGAGGAGGAAAAGGAGAAAGUUUGAUCUGUAAAUUUUUUAUCCGUACAAGAAAUAACAUUUGGAAGGUGGAGAAGUAUUUCAAACGAACUAUCGGAAACUUGAUUUUUCACUUAUGGUAGUCGUUUUUUUCUUUUUAAUACUUACUGGGGGUUUGCAGACUCCUGAAGCUGCACCUCAUGUGGGACACCAGCAUAUAGCUGCAGAUGCAGUCGACUCCAGCAGAAUUGACCAGGACACAGUGUGUGGUGAUGGUGAAUAUCUGGUUGAUUUGAAGUGCUGUAAAGCAUGCCAUGCUGGGACCUAUAUGCAUGAGAAAUGCCAGGUACAACACGGUGAGAAUGUCUGCAGAAGUUGUACUGCAGGGGAGGACUACACAUCUGGGCCAAAUGCUUUAACCAAAUGCAAUCGAUGCAGUCGCUGCAGAAAUGAUCAAGUAAUGAUUGAAAAUUGCACAAUUGAGAAAAAUGCCCAGUGUGAAUGCAAGCCUGGCUACUACUGCCAUGAAACUGAAAGCUGUGAAAUGUGUGUACCAUGUAGCAGGACUUGCCCUGAUGGUCAGAAGCCGCAAAGAAAUUGUGAUUGCCAAACUGUUCUGUUUACUAACAGCAGUCCCACUAUGACCUCUGUCACACCUUCUAAACCAGAUCGUUAUCAUUUUUCCUACUUGGCCUUUAUCAUUGUAGUCCUUACUGUCCUUGGAUUUGGACUGGUUUGGGUUUGUUGGUAUAUGUUCAAGAAGAAAGGAUCCGUUUCACUUUCAACAAGUGACCAAGAUGCUACUAACUAUGAUGUUUGCAGUACUGGCUGUGAAUCUGAGGAAGGGGAACAGCAUGUUGGGCUGGUCCUACAUAUACCAGAUAACACAGAGAUGGAAAAUUCCAACUUGCUGAAAAAUCCCAACUCUGAUGAUGAAGAUGAGGAAGAUGAGGCCAUUGGAAAGAGUAUUGAUACUACUGCAUGUUCCUCUACUGCUUGUUCAUCUAAAGAAAGUGUUCCACUUGCUGUCCAGGAAACUGGCUUCUCAAUAACAGUUAGCAGUGAUCCUGACCAAAUGUGUGUUACGAGAAGUGAUUCAGUACAUGACAACAGUGCAGCUUUUGUGGAAAUGCCACAUACACAUCAAGAGAAGAGAAGGGAGCUUGUAGCAGUGGCUGAUGAUGCCUUGCAGCAAAGCUUUGAUUUUGUGACAGAAAAGGUGCCCAGUAAACACUUCAAACAGCUAAUGCGAAAACUUCGAUUAAGUAACAACGAAAUUGAUGAAGCUGUUCAGAAUAACCCUGGAAAUGUCAGGGAGCAGAACUUUACAAUGCUGUCUUCCUGGUAUUCAAAAACUGGAAAUGAUGCUUCAAUUAAUAUGAUAUUAGAUGCUCUUUAUAAAAUGGAGUUGAAAACUGCUGCUGAAGCCAUCGCUGAGGUGCUCAUUGCUGAACACCUGUAUAGAUAAUAAUGGUAUAAAAACUGUUUAUAAUACUUGAACUGUAAUGAUUCUGGAGUAAUGAAACGUGGAUACCAUCUAGAAUAAUAAUAUGGAAACAUCCAUGAAUUAUUACAAUGUAAUGAUUACAGAAGGUUUGGACAUUUUUCUCCAUUUACUGUGCAAAGUCUUAUGUACCAGUACACUACAACACUGAGUGUGAUAGGUUAAUUGCACAUUGAAAAACUGGUUUAAAAAGGGAAGCAAUUUUCCGAAAUUACAGUGUUUGGGGAAACAUAGAGCCUAAAUAAAUUUCAGGAAAUUUUUUACUUUGUUGUGCUUAACUGUAAGUUGUUGAUAAACCUUUGGCAUUCACUAAUCAUAAAUUAUUUGAGGAGUGAUUUAAGAGCUUUAAUUUGACCUGAAAUGUUAACAACUGUCUGCAUAUAGUAGCUUAUACUCGUAUAAGUGUGUUAAAUUUCUGAGUCAUUCUUCCAAGAAGGCUUCAAUUAGAAAAUUUUGGAAAUUGUGGAUCCAGGGACAAGUCACAAGUUUUAAGAGGAUGGGAGGGUAAAUUCGUAUUUUAAAGGAGUUAGAGACCAAAACAGGAUCUUUAGGUUCAUAGUGUGUUCUACAGAAUGCUUUUUGAAAGGUAAUAUUUGUAAGCACAGAGUCCAUGAACAAAUGAGCAUUUCAGAAAAAUGUUUUUUUAUAUCAAAAACUUUUCACAGCUAGUUCUAACAGUAAAGAAAAACACACUAUCUUUCACUGUCCUCAUGGUCUGGGACCAUAGAUCUUUGUUGUCCCUGUAAAUGUGAAAUGCCAUGCAUGCCUUUCAUAAUAUUUCCAGCAUCAAAAUAUUAGCAGAUUGAUGAGCAAGUCUUGUUGCAGCCAAUGUAGCAUUCCCUUACCAAAUAUAUAGGGCAACCCAACAUCCAAGAUCAUUCUGCUGCCAGUGGAGAUAAGGGCACUGAACAGUUCUAACAAUUCCAGCCAGUCCUGACUCCAGAACUGAAGAGUAUGUGGGCACAUCUGCAGGAAGUGUGCAUUGGACUGACCACAUCUCCAACAUGCAUAUGAGCAUAGCCCCUCUGUUAAGGUGUGCCACAGAGUACUGACUCGUAACACAAGUAAAAUCCAGAGAUGGUACAUAACUGUACUCUUCCCAAAAUCAUAAAGGAGAUUCUCAUUAUUUGUCAGUAAACAGCCCCUAGAUGAAAUUCUCUCAUCUCUGCUGAACAUCAUGAAAAAAGUUCAACCUCCCAACCAAAGAAGCCAGGUAGAAUUUGUACACCGUACCUUUAUUAAGACCAAAGUAGUUUCUCUGUCAUAUCCCUCUGCCUCUUCACACAAGAAAUCUGAACAGUGCCUAAAAUAAUGGAGAGAGAAAGGCUCAAAAAUAGGGACAGGUGUAAGUAUUGCUCUUAUAAGCUGAGAGAGUUGCCAGGGUACUAGGAUUGGUAUUACCAUGUAUUUUCUGAAGAAUGUGAAGUAUGAAACUCAAAUGUAUGUCAUUAUGUAGUGACUUCAGCCCACUUGAGAUAUGCUUGAAAGCCAAAACGUUUGAAAAACAGAGCAAAAGUAUGAGUCAGAAGUCUAGGUAGUUGAGAGGUAUUUCUUGUAUACCUUUUAUCCCCAAAUAUGUUAUUGCCUGUCUGAAGUACACACACUGUGCAAUUGACAAUAUUGCCACCAUUUAAAUCUUUACCAUUCCUCCAUAGAAAGUAUCUCUCAUACAUUCAUUGAAACAAAUCAACCAAUUGUAAAAACUAUUGAUUACUCAACCUUUCCAAAAGAAAGGGGCCCCUUGGUUCAGUAAGAUGGAGUACUCCAUAUUCUAAGUAAAUUUGACCCUCAUGAAAACAUGACUGUUUCUUCACUUUUUCCAUACUUGCACAUAUAAACCAGUGGUUUUCGAUCUUUCCCAAACAAAAGCGUUCAUUUGCUUGCAAUUGAACAUGCAAAUAUUUAUUAAAAAUCCAAAAAUAGUGUUGCACUUUCGACCCAGUACACAGGAAUUCUCAAAACCAUUAAAAGGUCAGUGAUGUCAUUUCCUUGUAUAUCCAAACAACCUUCCUGUUAAUUAAUCAAAUAAACACAAUGCCAGUUAUAUUGCAAAUCUCUAUUUUUAAAAAACAUUCCACAUAGUAAAAGAUAUAUAUAUAUAUGUCCAAGACCAUAUGAUCGACAUUCGAAAUGUCAACCUUGGAAUGAAUAAAAAAAAAAAAAAACUUACCUUCAUGCUGCUAGUGGGGGGCAGUGCCCCUCUGCACCCCCAUGGUGGGCUCUGCCCGCCACACCCUUGGGACCAUGUGAAGGGGACCCAUAUAUAUAUAUUUAUUUAACAUUUGUUUAUGGGGGAAAUCCAACUUGGAACGAAGCCAGUUUUCAGUGGAGGCCUAGG